CGACCGAGAUGAGAUCCAGAGACUCGUUGGUCUACACGCCGGUCUCACUGGGCCCGGACACCGACGACGAGGAGACCCUCGUCAAUGCCGAGGUCUACGUCAACGACUUGGCGCAGAUCCGCGCGCUAGUGGAGUCGACCGGGGCGAUAAACGGGGGCUCGACCUGCCCUACCUGCAAGAUGCCCUUCGACAAGGGCAAGAAGCGACGACUUAUCGACUCCUGCGGCCACGAGAGAUGCUACGCCUGCCUCUUCCGUAGCGAGGCCUGUCCGUUGUGCGCACGCGAGGCACCCCGACACCUCGAGGACGAGGACGAGCCCGAUGAGCCCAGGCAGGGCUACUACCGGGAGCACGGAUACUUCAACGCGAGCCGAUGCAUCGACUGGCUCGAGAGCUCCUCGCUCUGCGGCAGCCCCAGGCCGAGGCUCAAGCUAGCCGGCAGGACGAGAGCGACGAACCAACGGUCACAGGAUUUACUCGACGACGAAAAAUGUCUGAAAACCAAACCACCCGCCUUACCCGAAUCCGCUGGCCGACAAAAGUCCCAAGGAAUGGCACAAAGUUGCCCGACCCCACCAGCCCAACGAAAGAAAUUCUUUCUAAAUGCGAAAGCACUGAAGAGUCCCUUUGCUUCGAGCCGCCAAUCGAAACGCGAUGUCCAAUCAACGGAUCAACAUCUGUCGGACAAUCCUUCAGCCCUCUCCGCCUGGAUGACUGCCUCCUGGGAAGGAAAGUCACAUUGGCCAGGCCUCGUGCUCGGCAAGAUCCGAUCGCUCUGGAGCAGUAGCCAAGGAUCAGCGAACGACGGCCUGAAUCAGCUUAUCGACGCAUCGAAUAAAAUCUCAGAGGAUGAGGGCGUAAGGAUAAAGCAGCUGAGCGAGACGAGACUUCCGCCGAGGAGCGGCCGAAAAUCCGGUAACGCUGAUCUCUACGUACGUUUGGGUUUGCUCUUGGGUCAGCAGCCACGUGGAGUUCAAGCGCUCGACUCUCAGCAGCAGCAGCAACAACAACAGCAGCAGCAGCAGCAACAACUCCAGCAACAACAGAAGCUGGUGGUAACCCAACACUCGAGGCCAACCUCGGCCCAACAUCAGCACCAAGACGCCUCGACAGUCUCCAUAAGCAGUCUCACGAGUCUUGAGGCCCGCACCCACGCCUCCACCAAUACGAGUCCCGUGUCCACCCUCACCGGCACCUCCAGCGAGGCCGAAGUCGCACCGGCCGCCCUCCGUAUCCCCCUCAAAUUCAAAGGUAAAUGUAAGGGCAAGAAGUCGAGGGACUGCGACAGUGCGGGCAGUCUCGCCUCGAUCUCGACCUCCGCAUCGACCUCCAUGUCCAUGUCGAUGUCCGUCUCGGUCUCCGGGUUAUCGAACGGCAGCUCCAGUCCCUUGGCCUCCAGAAGACAUUCCGUCACGACCUCGCAGCCCGGCCAGAUCGAUGAGAACCCUUUCAAGAAUCGACGGGGCUGUGCGAGACGAUCGGCCCGCACCUCCAAUUCCAAGUGCACCGCCGCCGCCGCUGCCGUCGCCGAUGCCAAACUGCGCCUCGCGCAGCAGCACGCCCAGCUGCAGCUGAAGCCGCUGUUCUUCGAGGUGCCGCUGCUGGAGAGCGACCCCCUGUUCACCGGUCGGCACUGGCUACUUCAGGAGUUGCGCUGCCUCGUCGAGGGCUCGAGCUCCGGUGUCCUUAUCUCCGGUUCGCCUGGUUCUGGCAAAACAGCCCUCGUACUCCAGCUCGUCGACCACAGUUGCUUUGGACGCAAGCGCGACCAGAGGUCUCAGCCGGCUCCAGCGGACGAGCCCGAGGUCGGCAACGGUGGCCGCGUAGGCAUCCAGCAGACGAGCGAUAAGAUUCGCGAAUUGGCAUCGCACGUGGUUGCCUACCACUUCUGUCAAGCUGACAACAACAGCACCUGCCUUGUUCCUGACCUUAUUCAUUCCUUAGCUGCGCAACUCUGCCAAGCACCUCAGCUUACCUCGUACCGUGAGUAUCUACUGUCCGAGCCCCACUUGCAAGGAUCUCUAUCGCAAAAGGUUUGCACGGUCGACCCGGAUCUCGCCCUUCUUCGAGGAAUCAUCGAGCCCCUUUUCAUUCUACGAAAAGCCGGACGUCUACCCGACACGAAUAUGGUGAUACUGAUCGACGCCGUAUGCGAGGCCGAGUACCACAGACCGGACAGGGGCGACACGAUAGCCUCGUUCCUCACUAGGCACGCGCCCAGCUUCCCCAGCUGGCUGAAGCUCGUGGUUACGGUGCGUAGCCAAUUAGCGGACUGCACCAAGCAGCUGCCCUAUACAAGGAUAUGCUUGGAUAAGAACGCGAACGACACUUCGGGAGUCAAUGUCGGCAAGGACCUCUCGGACUACAUUGGCUACAGGCUCAGCCAGAGCCCCGCCAUCCAAGCCAACGUCACCGCCGUCCUCAACGGCAAAGCCGAGUCCUCGUGCUCCGCUACCCAGACGAGGUUCGCCACACACCUCCUCACUCUCGCCAACGGCAGCUUCCUCUUCGCCAAGCUUACCCUCGAUCUUCUCGAGAGUGGGCAUCUCGUAGCCAAAUCUGCCAGCUAUAAGGUUUUACCAGUUUCACUUGCCCAGAUUUAUCUGCUACACUUCAACUUACGCUUUCCAACGGCGGCGUCAUUCGAUAAAGUCCAGCCUCUCCUCGGCGUCUGUCUUGCCGCACUUUAUCCCUUAACUCUACCCGAAAUCUUCUACUCCGUAAAUUCGCUUAACAAUAGCUUCGUCGUUACCUGGGAAGAUUUUUUACAAAGAUUUAAGAUGCUCUCUGGAUUUCUCGUGAAGCGCCUCGACAAUACCUACAUGUUUUUCCAUCCGUCGUUCAGGGAAUGGCUGAUGAGGAGGGACGAGGGCGAGUCCACAAAGUUCCUCUGCGACCUGCGCCUCGGUCACGCAGCAAUAGCCUUCCGACUCUCGCGACUCCAGGCGCCCUUGGACGGUGAGAGGACUCUCGAGCUCGGCCAUCACAUCCUCAAGGCGCACGUCUACAGGGGUGUCACACCCCUUUGGCCAUCGCGCGACUUGCAGGCUACGUGGUUAGCCUCCUCCUCGGAGUGCGUCUCCUCCGCGCUUUGCACUCUGCGCAACGUCUAUAGCCCCAACGUCAAAGUAUCGCGCCUACUUCUACUGUCCGGGGCAUCACCGAACUUCGUCACUGAAUACCUUGGCAAUGCCCCAGCCCUCUGUAUGUACGCCCACGAGGGAUCCGUUGAGAUGGUCUCCUUGCUGCUGGAGUUCGGGGCGGACGUCGAGCUGACCAAUAGCCAGGGCUACACAGCGCUGACACUGGCCGCAACUCGGGGCCACUGCGACGUCGUGCGCAGAUUGGCGGCAGCCGGGGCGUCGUUGGGCCACGCCGACAUGGCCGGACAGUGCGCACUGGUGCACGCGGCGCGUCACGGACGGCUCUCGGUGGUGGGCUACCUGCUCGCCUGCGACUGGAUCCUGGCGACGGCAGCGGAAUCCUCGAUGGACGUGAGCCGCGAGGAGGCUGCCCAGCAAGCGGUCGUGGCCGCCGCGGCACAGGGCCACGAGUCCGUCGUCGAGUACCUUCUGGACAUGUCGGAGGUCGUCGUCGACAGGCCCGACACCCUCCUCGGCGAGACCGCGCUAACGACCGCAGCGGCCAACGGCUCCACCGCCACCGUUUCCGCGCUCCUCGCCCGGGGCGCCAGCCCCUCCACCCUCAACGUCAAGGGCUUCACGGCUCUGAUGCUCGCAGCCAAGGAGGGCCAUUGGGGCACCGCCGAGAGACUUCUGCAAGGCUCCCUGUCAAUGAGCACCGAACAAGAUCUCGAAGUGACAACGUACCUCAUGAAGCAAAAAGAUCCAGUCGGUCGUUCGUCUUUGUCUUUGGCAGCUUCCGAGGGCCAUACAAGUCUGAUAGAUCUACUUCUCGAUAAGGGAGCCGUUCUCGAGGACACUGACAAAGAAGGCCUUACCGCUCUCGCGUGGGCUUGCGUUCGUGGAAGAUUGAAUGCGACGCAGUGCCUCAUAGACCGAGGCGCCGACGUCAAUACCUGCGAUAAGACUGGAAGAACGCCUUUGGACCUGGCUGCGUUUCAGGGUAACCCGAAGCUGGUGCAGCUGCUACUAGAGCGCGGCGCGACCAUCGAGCACGUGGAUCUCCACGGUAUGCGUCCCCUCGACCGGGCGAUCGGCUGCCGCAAUAUACCCGUGGUCCAGUGCUUUCUUCGUCGGGGCGCGAAACUCGGGCCCGCGACCUGGGCGAUGGCCGCCGGCAAGCCCGACGUCCUCCUCAUCCUCAUGAACAAACUGCUCGAGGACGGCAAUGUGCUGUACAGGAAGGGACGACUAAAGGAGGCCUCCCAUCGUUACUCCUACGCCCUCAGGAAGUUCCCCGCUGCGCCGGAGCAGAGCCAAGGCCCCGAGCACGAGGACCAGAACCACACGCUCGCGCAUCUCCAGUCGUUCGAGCAACUCAAAAUGAACUUUCUGCUGAACUUGAGCAGGUGCAAACGCAAGAUGAAUGAGUGCGAGGAGGCUAUCGAGUUGGCCGACGAAGUCUUAAAGAUCCGCCUCUUCUCUUAUGAGGCGUUUUACGCCCGAGCCAAGGCCAAGCUGGACGCUGGUCGACUGGACGAGGCCCUCGACGAUAUCGAGGAGGGGUUACGAGUCGCGCCACCUCAGAAUCGCCAAGAUCGCCGAGUCCUUGUGUCGCUGCGCGACGAGAUCAUCUCGAGAAUCGAGGGUACGGGUAUCGGCAGCAGCAAGUCCGGCUACGGCAGCUGCAGCUCCAGGAUCACCAUGCGCGCCUCCAUCGACACUCUCACCGAACUUUAGACGAGCUUUUUUCACGAUACUUUUGAGAAUCAUGUAUGAUAUUAGGAUUGAAAAGCUUGCAUUGGACGAUUGUCCUGGACGAACAAACUGAUUAGCAUCAAAUAUGUGUUUGUACAUAUAUCGUUGUACUUCGUGUAUGUAUUCGCGACUGUCGUAUAUCUGAGAUUGUAAUUUAAGAUAUUUUUAUGGGAAUCGCAGUGACUGAAUCGAUGAUAAAUUUGCUUACUACCUUAUUUUAUAUGAUUUUGCGUUUGAAAGAAGAAUCCAGUCAGACGUUAUAGAAGAAAAAAAAGAAAGAAAAAAACCGAUAGAUCUUCGAUGAAGUUCGGGUCAUUUUAUCAUCAGAAUAUUCGUAUUUUUCAAUACACGAACAAUACUUCAAACGCUAUCAUCUCGGCAUGGAUUACUCUAGUAGUGCGUUACCAAAGUCAUUAUUUUCAUUACGUUAAACCGAGUUUUAUCAAAGUACUUCAAACAUAUUCAAAUAUAAUCAACGAAAUUGAGCAUUGGCUUUUCCUAAUUAUCAGUAGUAAGUGUGAUUGCAAUCUCUAUGAAAUUGCAAAGUUUAAUAUUGCACUAC